CCGUCACCCACGACCCAAUAGUCAGUACGUAACCUCUCCAUCUGGAGAAUCACUGCUGAUAAAUGACAUCGAAAUCAGAGUCUUUUUGUCUUUCUUUGUCCUUCUUGGCUUUUCUUUUCCUACAAUUGUGGGCCUCAGGUACCAGAUGCCGAUCCAACCGAUGGACGAUCCAUGGAUGAAAAUCCCCACCAGUCGGUCUAUAAGAUGGAGUGCCAUGCCGGGCCCCUGGCGCUCUGCUCUAGGAUUCUUUAUCUAGUUGCUACGCAAACCCCGCUGCAUCGAUAGGAUUCGCCGCCCCAUACCGUGCACAAUGGCUCAAGACUACAAGUUUGAAGGAUGGAUGGGCCUCGAUAAGGAGGCGGCUGAGGGAAAGAUGGUCUGGCAGGAGUUUGAGCCCAAGCCGUGGGAGGAGACCGAUGUUGACAUCAAGAUCUCGCACUGCGGUAUCUGCGGGUCGGAUUUGCACACCCUCCGCAGUGGCUGGAGACCGACCCUGUAUCCCUGCUGUGUCGGCCAUGAGCUGGUCGGCGUGGCCGUGCGCGUCGGAUCCAAGGCCGUGGGUGGCAUCAAGGUCGGUGACCGCGUGGGUGUUGGCGCGCAGAGCGAUUCCUGCCUGGGCCGUCUGGGAGACUGCCCUGAAUGUGCCAUGGGCUGGGAACAGUACUGCUCCCAUAAGAUCGUCGGUACCUACAACAAUGUGCACCUGAAUGGCGGCAAGUCCUACGGUGGAUAUGCUCUGUACAACCGGACGCCCUCCCACUUUGUGGUCAAGAUCCCCGACAGCAUCCCUUCGGCGCAGGCCGCCCCCAUGCUGUGCGGUGGUGUUACGCUCUACAGUCCCCUCAAGCACCACGGCUGUGGCCCCGGUAAGUGCGUCGGUAUCAUUGGCGUCGGUGGUCUGGGCCACUUUGGUGUUCUGUUUGCCAAGGCGAUGGGGGCCGACAAGGUCGUUGCCAUUUCCCGGAAGGCCAGCAAGGCCGCGGACGCGCUGCAGAUGGGAGCCGACCUUUACGUGGCCACGGAUGAUGAGCCCGACUGGGCUACCAAGCACGCUCGUUCUUUGGACCUGAUCAUUUGCACGGUGUCCUCGACCAAGAUGCCCAUGACUGAAUACCUGGGGCUGCUCGCGGUGAACGGCAGUCUGGUUCAGGUCGGACUGCCCGAUGACGGUGUCCUGCUGGCGCCCGUGGGCAAGCUGCAGCGUCGCCUCAAGGCCACCAGCUCCUAUAUCGGCAGCCCGGAUGAGAUCCGCGAGAUGUUCCAGCUCGUGGCCGACAAGGGCGUCAAGGCGUGGAUUGAAGAGAUCCCGAUGAAGGAUGCCAACGAGGCGAUUUUGAACAUGGAUGCCGGCAAGGCCCGCUACCGUUACGUGUUGGUGAAUGAGCAGUGAUGAUGUUGAUGACGAUGAUGAUGAUGAUGAUGAUGAUGAUGAUGAUGAUGAUGAUGAUGGUUUCGAAAGAGCGUUAGAAUGUAUAGAGAUUGUAUAGACAUUCCAUAGAGAUUGCCGAUUAAAAAAUG